AUGCUGGACAGAGCUAAGACUUGCAACUUCAUUCGCGAGGAACAUGGGGCGUUUUCGGAAGUGGUGUUAGCCGAAGAGAAGGCAACUGGAAAACUCUUUGCGGUGAAGUGUAUCCCUAAGAAGGCGCUGAAGGGCAAAGAAAGCAGCAUAGAGAAUGAGAUAGCCGUUCUGAGAAAGAUUAAGCAUGAAAACAUUGUUGCCCUGGAAGACAUUUACGAGAGCCCAAACCACUUGUACCUGGUCAUGCAACUCGUAUCUGGUGGCGAGCUGUUUGAUCGGAUAGUGGAAAAGGGAUUUUACACAGAGAAAGACGCCAGCACUCUGAUCCGCCAGGUCUUGGAUGCCGUCUACUAUUUGCAUAGGAUGGGCAUCGUCCACAGGGACCUCAAGCCUGAAAAUCUGCUGUACUACAGUCAAGAUGAGGAGUCUAAAAUAAUGAUCAGUGACUUUGGAUUGUCAAAAAUGGAGGGCAAAGGAGAUGUGAUGUCCACAGCCUGUGGAACUCCAGGCUACGUUGCUCCUGAAGUCCUCGCCCAGAAACCGUACAGCAAAGCCGUUGACUGCUGGUCCAUCGGAGUGAUCGCCUAUAUCUUGCUCUGCGGCUACCCUCCUUUUUAUGAUGAAAAUGACUCCAAGCUCUUUGAACAGAUCCUCAAGGCGGAAUAUGAGUUCGACUCCCCCUACUGGGAUGACAUCUCCGACUCUGCAAAAGACUUCAUCCGGAACCUGAUGGAGAAAGACCCAAAUAAAAGAUACACAUGUGAGCAAGCAGCUCGGCACCCCUGGAUCGCAGGUGACACAGCCCUCAACAAAAACAUCCAUGAGUCGGUCAGCGCUCAGAUCCGGAAGAACUUCGCAAAAAGCAAAUGGAGACAAGCGUUUAAUGCCACCGCUGUGGUAAGACACAUGAGGAAACUACACCUUGGCAGCAGCCUGGACAGUUCCAGCGCAAGUGUUUCGAGCAGCCUCAGCUUGGCCAGCCAAAAAGAUUGUCUGGCCACCUCCACGCUCUGUAGUUUCAUUUCCUCUUCGUCGGGGGUCCCAGGAGUGGGAGCGGAGCGGAGACCGAGGCCCACCACUGUGACGACAGGGCACUCUGGAAGCAAGUGACUGGCUCGUGAGGCGGGGCCCAGGGUGGGGCCAGGGAAGGGGCGCCCAGGCCACAGCACCGGGAGCCACCCCAAAGUGACCCACCUUGCAUGGUGCGCCUUCCUGCACAGGACUGGAAGACAGAAGUUUUUUAUGGCCAUAUUUUAUACUGCAAUUCUGAAGUGUUCAUUUCUCACAAACUGUACUGACUCAAGGGAGCUGAUUUAAUAGGAUCUGGUGCUGUAUAUAGGAAUCUGGCAAAGCUCUAACGGAACGGACCUUCUUCAUCCUCUCCCCCGACACCUGUCAUUUCCACCCUUCUCAGUCUAGGUAACCGUCUCUGUUGUGUUUUUUCAUUAAUGACAAAAAAAGGUUUCAACUGGAUUAUUUAAGUAUUGCUAAUAUUGUGCACUAGGGUUGAUUUUGUUUUCCCUUUUACGAGCUCUGUCUUCUCCAUGUGUACUUCUUAGUUACAUGACCUAUAACUUUUUGCUCGUUGGUAGUAGUUUUAUGUUAAGCUGUAGGUGUCAUUUUUUUUUCCUC